CGUUGUUAUUUGCAUGCAAGUUAUGAUUAUUACAACACACACAUAAAGCCAAACAUAGAAACAUUCAUUCAUUUUCAAUGAAAAUUACUAUUUGCAUCAUUCAUAUGGUCAUUGAUUAAAUUGAAUCUAAUUUAAUUAAUAAUUAAAUUAAUAAAAUUGCAUCGUUUGACCAGCCAGUAAUUUAUUGAUUGAUUGGCAUACGUCAUCACCAUAUUUUGGAUUUUGGAUCAAAAUUUUUUGUUUUGUUUUGUUUACAUUCGAGUGGCAAUCUGAAACAAAAUCCAAAAUAAAAAUGGUACAAGCAUCUAUGGUAAUCAAGAUGCCACCAAUGGCUAAAAUCUAUUUUCCAUUAUUAUUCGAUAUUGUUUUUAAUCUUUUAUACUGUGUUUAUGGUUCGGAUGUCGAUACGCAUCUAGAACUUGGAAUGGAGCUAUUAAUGAAAGGACAACUAAAUGAUGCUUUAUCUCAUUAUCAUCUUGCUGUUGAAAAUGAUCCAGAUAAUUAUCUAACUUAUUUCAAACGUUCAACCGUUUAUCAAGCAAUGGGUCGUUAUCGAUCAGCAUUGGAUGAUCUGAAUGAAUGUUUGAAAUUGAAUCCAGAUUUCGUUCCGGCACGAUUACAAAAAGCUGUCGUUCUUUAUAGACAAGGAAAUCUUGAUCAAGCACAACAAGAAUUUGAAUAUAUCAUACAUGUUGAUCCACAUCAUCCAGAUGCACAUCAUUAUUAUGAGCAGAUUGAACAUUUAAAAAGUGAUAAAUAUCUUGCCGAACAUUUGGUGGAAAUCGGUAAAUGUUCUGAAGCAAUACCGUUGUUGAAUAAACUUAGCCAAGAAUUGUAUUGGAGCUACGAACUACGUGAAAUGAGAGCACAUUGUUUUGAAAAUAUUGGCGAUAUAAUCAAUGCAAUAAACGAUUUACGUGCAUUAACAAAAAUGAAAUCCGAUAACACCGAUGGAUUCCUAAAGCUAAGUAAACUUCAUUAUCAGAUUGGUGAACCAGAAGAAUCGUUGAAUGCAAUACGUGAAUGUUUGAAAUUGGAUCCCGAUCAUAAGCAAUGUCAUCAACAUUAUAAAAAAGUGAAAAAAUUGGCCAAUCUUUAUAAAAGUGGGACAGAAUUUGCUUCAAAACAUGAUCAUCAAGGUUGUAUUGAUAAAUUACAAGCAGCUUUAGAAUUGGAAAAUCAGAUGCCGAAUUUGGUUCAUCUUUUCAAAUCAAAAUUAUGCCAUUGUUUAAAUCUGAAAGGAGAUUCCCAGCAAGCCAUCAAAGUUUGCACAGAAGUAUUAGAAUUACAUCCAAACGAUAUCCAUGCAUUAUGUGAUAGAGCUGAUUCAUAUAUUAAUCUUGAAAAUUACGAUGAUGCAUCAAGUGAUUAUAAAAAAGUGUUACAAAUCGACGAAAACAUGACCCGUGCCAAAGAUGGCUAUAAUAAAGCCGAAAGAUUGAAAAAACAAUCGAAAAAACGUGAUUAUUACAAAAUUCUUGGCGUUCCACGUCAUGCAACGAAAAAAGAUAUAAUGAAAGCAUAUCGUAAAGCAGCCAGUAAAUGGCAUCCCGAUCAAUAUCAAGGUGAUGAAAAAAAGAAGGCAGAGGAUAAAUUUAUUGAUAUUGCUGCAGCCAAAGAAGUGUUAACCGAUCCAGAAAAACGACAAAAAUUUGAUAAUGGAGAAGAUCCAUUAGAUCCUGAACAACAGAAUGGUAAUGCAUUCCAUCCAUUUACACAAGGAUUCGAUCCAUUCGGUGGUCGAUAUACGUUUAAAUUUACAUUUUAAACAUUAAUAUUUUUACCAAUUUUUCUCUCAAAAAAAAAAUUUGUAAUAUAAUAACACGUAUCAAACAAUA